AUGGGGAGGAAUGUGGGCUAUGCAUAUCUCUCACGCUGGCUGAACUCGAUGUGGAAGCCUAAAUGCCGGAUGGAACAGAUUUCCCUGGAGAAUGAUUACUUCUUCGUCAAAUUUGGUUCAAACGAAGAUCUUGAGUAUGCGAUGUUUGAGGGUCCUUGGAUGGUCCUCGAUCAUUAUCUGAUUGUUAAGGAAUGGGUACCAAAUUUUGACCCCAUGGUUGAUACUACACAAAAGGUUCUCGUUUGGGUCCGGUUUCUGAAUCUCCCGGUGGAGUACUAUAACCUUCUGACUAUGCGAAAGAUUGGAAAUAAGUUGGGACGAACAGUACGCGUAGACCACACCAUGAGCUUAGUCUCAAGGGGAAAGUUUGCUCGAGUUUGUGUGGAGAUUGACAUAACAAAGCCUCUCAUUUCCAGAUUCACUCUCGAAGAGAAGGUAUGGCAGGUUGCGUAUGAGGGCAUGCAUUUAGUCUGCUUCUCUUGUGAGCUCUAUGGCCAUAGGCAGGAAGUUUGUCCGACAUCCCCUAUGCCUGCAGCCACUGCUGAGCCGGUUCCACGAUCUGAGGAAGCUGAUCACUCUAAUGACCCUCGUGUCUCUGGUCCGCAUAGUGGGAGUUGCUCUCAUAAUUUACGUUCUUUGCCAUCGGGUGCUCCCUACGGUCCUUGGAUGAUCGUUUCAAGGAAAGAGAGACGACAGGGGGGAAGACCAGUCAGCCAUGAGAGGCAGGGGGAGAGGUCACGUCCGACAGGGGCGUCGAAUCCUGCGACAUUCACGCACACUGGUUUAGGCUCUAGAUUUGCGCUCCUGGAUUCUAAGGGUGAGGCUAAUGAUCAGCAUACGACGGAUACUUCUGAGCAACCUCCAAAUGAGGAGAGUGAACCUAGGUUGGAAGCUCAAGCGGUUCCUAAUUCGAUCCCUUCUUCAUCUGCUCUAGGCCGUGAAUCUCGUCGGGCUAACGUUAGUGCCAAUAAAAAGCAGAUUGUUAAUGAACCAGCUGCCCCUGUUUCAGUAGGCGGGGAGAAUACUCCUACCUCGGGACGAAAAUCGAAUGCUUCGUGUUCUAGGAGAGCUGCAGAAGAAGAUGAACAUGUGGUAAUACGUGGCGAGCAAGGGGGCAACUUAAUCAAUUCUAUGCGUGUUUCUAAUGGGGAGAAUGCUACUGCUUCUAUGCCUACGAAUGUUUGCCCUCCCACAGAACACCAUGGUGACCCGCCGGAGGCAUUUGACGCGGAAGGGGACGUGGUGAUGGAAAUUAAGGACGUUCCUGCGAGUUCGCAAAGGGUGGCUGAUACGCCCCCUGUUUGA